AUGAGUUUUUACCAGCCAUCCCUAUCCCUUUAUGACGUUUUGAACGCAUUGUCCAACCAAACUGGCCAGAGAGGGCAACAAGGAUUACCUCGCCAAUCACAAAGACCACAGAGAUAUCAUCCGCAUUACGGACAGGUGCAUGUUGGCGGGCAUCACCCCCGCCAUCACCAUCCAUUGUAUAACAGAUACAACGGCGUUCCUAAUACCUAUUACUAUCAAUUCCCUGGACAAGCGUAUUACUAUAGUCCCGAAUACGGUUACGAUGAUGAGGACGGCGAGGAAGAGGACCAAGACGAAGAUAUGAUGGGUAACAGUGGUGCUGUAAGAAAAGAAGAGGGGGAAGAGGGCAGCAACGCGAGAAGAUAUCCAUCGUAUUACCAUGGCAAUACUGCCAGGAGCAAUAGGAGCGACCAACAGGCAAAUAGCUUAAACGACUUACUAAGUGCGUUAAUAGGCGUCCCACCUUAUGAGGGCACUGAACCAGAAACUGAAGCAAAUGAUGUGCAAGGAGAGGACGGAAAGGGAAGGGAAAAGGAGAAGUCCGAGAUAUCUAAAGAGGAAACAGCGGAAAGUGACAAAGAAAAAAACCCUUUGGAUCAGCCGGAAGCGUCAUCGAGACCACCGCUAACCAAAAAUUCUUCAUCGUUCGCUCAUCUGCAAGCGCCUUCCCCAAUCCCUGACCCGCUACAGGUUUCCAAGCCUGAGACGAGAAUGGACUUACCAUUUUCACCAGAAGUGAACGUCUACGACACCGAGGACACUUACGUGGUUGUCCUUGCGCUGCCAGGUGCCAACUCUAAGGCUUUCCACAUUGAUUACCACCCAUCUUCCCAUGAGAUGCUCAUCAAGGGUAAAAUCGAAGACAGAGUGGGUAUCGAUGAAAAGUUCUUGAAGAUCACGGAAUUAAAAUAUGGUGCAUUUGAAAGAACCGUUAAAUUUCCUGUGCUGCCACGCAUUAAAGACGAAGAGAUCAAGGCCACCUAUAACAAUGGUCUGCUACAAAUCAAGGUACCUAAAAUUGUUAAUGACACUGAAAAGCCAAAGCCGAAAAAGAGAAUUGCCAUUGAAGAAAUACCCGACGAAGAAUUGGAGUUUGAAGAAAAUCCCAACCCUACGGUAACAAAUUGA